AUGUCGGUAAUCCCGAUGUCGCCAUCGCAGCCGGCCGUUUCCGCUGCCAUGACGCUGGCGGCGAAACCGGUAGCCGGCGCUGCGCCGUUAACAGCGAAAUCGGUGUCUGGCGGCGCGUCGCUGGCGGCGGAUGUGGUGGGUGACGUGUGGAAGGCGGAUUGGUACGUCGCGCAUUGCUACAAGAUCCCCGCUAUGGCGCAACUCAACCUCGUGCUCUCGCAGGUGGCGCAAGCGCCGACGCGGAGCGACAUAUCUCUCCCCAGCUGCGGCCCCGCGGACCUGAAGCGCUUCCACCGCGACCUGGCGGAGUUAAUCUCCUCGUCGGAAUUCGCGGGGAAGCAGCUCAACGUGUUUCUGCACGCCGUCCACUCCACCGCCUCGGGCCUCCAGAAAGACAUCUCGAAGCGCCUCGCGAACGAGAAUUCGUCCGUUUCAAAAAACUCUCGAAGCGCUACUUUCUCCUCUGGCGCGCAGCCGCCUAAGUCGCCAACCAAACCUACAUUCGCGGCUCGACUGCGCUCCCGGUCGUUGAGCGGAGUAACGGCGGCGGUGGCGCUGUUCCGCUCUCCCGAGAAUGCGGUUCCGCGCAGCAAAGACUCCGCCGUUGCGCGGGGAACGGGGGAGGGGGGGGCAGCGCCGGUGGCAGAGUCGGGGGAAGGGGUCAUUGCGCGGGAACGGGCAGAAGCGGGGGCAGAUGGGGUGACUAUAGCUGGAGAUGUUGCAAGAAACGAGGUUCGCGGCUCCGGUCCCUUCUCGUUCCGCCUCGCCCCGCCUUCCGCGCUUGCAGUGGGGGAGGCGGAAGGAGACGAGGAGGAGAGGGGGUUGAGGGGAGGAAGGGAAGCGGGGGGGGCGGCAGCUCUCCGCGGGUUCUUGCUGUGCGGGCGGGGAAUGCGGAGUGACAGCGAAUCAGGAGCCAGCAGCAGUUGCGCCGAGGGGGAAACAUGCGGGGGCGAGGGAAGUCGGGAGGAGGGGGGAAUUUCCUCUCGGGAGGGGCGCGAUUUGGAAGGGGAAGGCGAAGAGGGGGCAGGGAGGAAGGCGGCAGGGGGAAUCGCGGAAAGGGAACGUGCGGAGGAGGAGGUGGGAGGGAAACGCGGAAAAGAAGGGGCAGAGAGGCAUGGGGUCGAGGAAUCAAAUAUUGACGAGGAAAUCCAAUCAGAUACCAAUAUUUUUCGAGAAGUGGGAACAGACAGUAUUGCUUUCCGCCAUGACCGCGCCAGCGUGUCCAUGCCACGUGCCGCCACGUCAGCAGAGGCGUUCUUUCCAUCGUCCACGUCAGUAGCCGUCCCUGCCACGUCACUAGAAAGAAGCGGGGACGGGGGCGGGGGCGUGGGAGGUAGAGCAGGGGAUGUGUAUGGUCCGCGCUUAACUAAAAGUCGGUCAGUAGCGGUGGAACGUAACCGUCACAGUUACAGCAGCGGCAGCAUCAGCAGGGGAGAAGGGGGAAGGAGAGGGGGACGGGGGAAGGCGGAAGGCGGAGGGGAAGCGGGCGGGGGCGGGGAGGGCGGAAAAAGGGCGGGAAAACCGCCCCCCAAGAGCAGUCACGAACGGUUACAGGAGAUUCUAAAGAAUGUGACUAUAGGGGGGACUAGAGGAGGACCGUUGCAGAUGGCGCGGGCUAUAGCGAGGGGGGGAGUGGGGGGAAGCUUUGGAGGGAGCGGACCAGGGGGGCCGGGGGGAGGUUCGGCGUCUGCGGGGGGAAUGGGGAGUCCGCGCGUGUGGGAGGGAAUGGACGGCCAGGAUGGCAUCUCGAGAUUCCACAGGGGAAUGUCGGUGGCGGAAAGAAGGGAGAGAGGGAAAGGGGCGGGAGGGGGGGAAGGGGGGAGCGGAGGGGGGAACGGAGGGGGAGCCAGGCGGUUUAUGCCCACGUCUCUGUCUGUAGUCUCCCGGAAAGGGGGAGAAUGGGGGGAGGAGGAGAUGGGGGAGGGGUGGGCGGAAGGGGAAGCGGAGCAGGGGGGAGCGGGGGAAGAAGGGGGAGAGGGGAGCAGCAUUGGAGCGAGCGGCAGUAGCAACAGCCAGUCACCUCGCCCUCUUUUGUCUCCUACUGCUCAGUUUCAACCCCCUACUGGUCCUCCUGUGUCGCCCAAACGGCCAGCCUUGUCGAAAGCAAAGCUACAGCAGGAGGAAAUGCUGCUACAGCUGCUUCGCUCCACCCCCCCCAUACGCUGGUCCCUGGCUAGUGAGGGAGGUGCUUCUGGGAGCGGGGGAAGUGCAAGGAUGGGCCGGUAG